AUGUUUGGCUCUACUACUGCCAAUUCAACUGCUCCAUCUUUUGGAGGGUUUGGUAAUACCAACAAUAGUAGUGCAAAUGGUGGAUUAUUUGGUAAUGCCAAUAAACCACCAGCUGCGAGUGGUGGUGGAUUAUUUGGAUCAUCUAGCAAUGCUACUAAUACAAACACCACAAAUUCUACGGGCGGUGGAUUAUUUGGAGGUAAUAACACGAAUACAAGUAGUGGAUUUGGUACAGGAAACUCUACACAACAGAGUGGGGGACUCUUUGGUAAUAAACCUUCUAGUACAACGGGAGGAGGUUUAUUUGGAUCUUCUACUAACAAUGCAGCUCCUAGUGGUGGAUUAUUUGGAGCAAAUUCGAAUACAAAUACUAAUAAUACCAGUGGGGCAACAGGUGGAGGGUUAUUUGGAUCAUCAAAUACUAAUACGAACAAUGCCAAUCAGCAACAAGGCGGCGGUGGUUUAUUUGGAGGAGCCAGUAAUACAAGCCAGCAACAAAGUGGUGGUUUAUUUGGAGGUGCCAGUAAUACAAGCCAGCAACAAAGUGGUGGUUUAUUUGGAGGAGCCAGUAAUGCAAGCCAGCAGCAAAGCGGUGGGUUAUUUGGAGGAGCCAGUAAUACAAGCCAACAACAAAGUGGUGGAUUGUUUGGUGGUAAUGCUAAUACCAAUCAACAACAGCAACCACAACAGGGUGGUGGAUUGUUUGGAUCAAAACCACCUGCAUCAUCAGGCGGAUUAUUUGGUGGUAAUGCUAAUACUAAUCAACAACAGCAACCACAACAGGGUGGUGGGUUGUUUGGAUCGAAACCACCUGCAUCAUCAGGUGGUCUAUUCGGAGGCAGCUCUAACACCAUGAAUCAACAAUCAGGUGGACUUUUUGGUAGUAGUAACACCAAUCAACAAUCCGGUGGCCUUUUUGGAGGAAGUACAGGGGCCCAGCAAUCUGGUGGGUUAUUCGGGUCGUCUUUGAAUAAACCAGUUGGAGGAGGGUUACUCAAUAACCAACAGCAACAGCAACAACAACAGCUGCUGCAGUUGACAGCCAUGACCAGAGUAGGAGAUUUACCAGAACCAAUCAAGAGAGAAUUGCAAGAAUUUGAUAAGUAUAUUAACACACAACACCUCAUUGCCACAACACUACAGUCAGAUUUAUCCAAACAUGAUAGGUUAAUUACGUCUAUUCCAAAAGAUACCAGUUAUUUGUAUACUAAAUUAUCCUCCACUAAACAAGCAUUAAAGUUCGAUUCAAACCAAUUGUUAAAUUUGAAAGAAGUCAAUAAUGAGUUGAUCGAAGAUAUAAAUAAAAUAAUGCAGCUCAUCAUUCAACUAUCUACUCCAGGAACAAAGUUAUCGUCAUCAUUCCAAUUAAAUGAAUUUUUCAUUAAGAAGAUAAAAAAGUAUCAUGAUGUAUUGAACAACUACGAACAAAUUGUAAACGAAGCAGAACAAGUCAUAAGUGGAUUGGAAAGACUGUGUGUCGAUGGAUUUGGAGGCUUGUUUAAUAUUAUUGAAGUUAUAAAGUCACAGUAUAAUUUGUUUAUGGAAUUAUGUGAAACGAUGGCUCAGUUACAUAAUGAAGUAAACAGAAUAGCUAAAUAG